GUGCCACUCCUGACUGGAAGUGAGAGCGACUCGCCCAUGACUUUCUUCAAACAUGGCUGCACAAGAUGAACUCAAUCAACUGGAACGAGUGUUCCUUCGCUUGGGCCAUGCAGAAACAGACGAGCAGUUACAGGACAUCAUAUCCAAGUUCUUGCCCCCUGUUCUUCUGAAAUUGUCCAGCGUUCAGGAGGGUGUGAGAAAAAAAGUGAUGGAGUUGCUCGUGCACUUGAACAAGAGGAUUAAGAGUAGGCCUAAGAUUCAACUUCCUGUGGAGACCCUGUUAGUGCAGUAUCAAGACCCUGCCGCUGCAUCCUUUGUUACGAACUUCACAAUCAUCUAUAUCAAGAUGGGCUAUCCUCGUUUGGAGGUGGGCAAACAGUGCGAGCUCGCCCCUACUCUGCUCACAGCGAUGGAGGGCAAACCACAGCCACAGCAGGACAGCCUGAUGCACCUCCUGAUCCCCACACUCUACCACAUGAAGUACCCCGCUGACCACUCCAAGAACACCUCUCCCUUCAUCCUGAUCGAGAAGCCGAAGACAGUGCAGCUGCUGCUGGAGUUCAUGCUUGACGUCCUACUCAUGCCUUACGGGUUUGUGUUGAACGAGCCUCCCACUCGCCCAGCUCCCUCCUCCCCCCAGGGGAGUGCUGUGGCGGCGGCAGCAGCCGGACAGGGCCUGCCCCAGCCCCCACCAGGCAUGAGCGUCUACGCCGCCAAGAGGGUCAUUGGGGAGGCCCAGUGGAGCGCCGAGCAGCUGGAGCAGUGUAAGCUGGGCAUCGUUAAGUUCAUCGAGGCAGAGCAGGUUCCCGAGGUGGAGACAGUGGUCCACCUGGUUGUCGCCUCAAGUGACACCCGCCACAGCGUUGCCACAGCAGCCGACCUGGAGUUGAAAAGCAAACAGAGCAUCAUUAACUGGGACAACCCCUUAAUUAUAAACAAGAUGUACAAGGUUUACCUUGGGGACAUUCCUCUCAAAACCAAGGGAGCCAGCUUGAAGAGAGAGCUGAAACAUGAGCCGGUCAGCACUAGAGUUAAGCUGAAGAUUCUACCACACCUUUUACGCUCGCGAUUAGCUGCAGAGUGCUUUCCAGCUAACAUCCAGGUUGUAUAUGACGGCCUGUUUGGAGUCAACACCAACAACAAACUGUUGUCCCUCACCCUUCAGUUUGUCCAUCACAUCUGUAUGGUGUGUCCUGAUACUAACAAGCCUCUUGGCCUGAUGUUGCUGAACGGGCUGACCAAGCUCAUCAACGAAUACAAGGAGGAUCCAAAGUUGCUGUGUGUAGCCUACUCCGCCGUGGGGAAGCUGUCCCACCGCAUGCCCCAGCUUUUCACUAAAGACAUUGCUUUGGUCCAGCAGUUCUUUGAGUCCAUGUGCAAAGAGGAAUCUGAUGUCCGCCUGGCCAUCCAGGAAGCUCUGUCUAUGAUGGUAGGAGCCUACACCAACCUCCAGGGGGCGCUUCUCAACCUGAUGGAGGCUCUGGUGGCUGCCUACAUGGGCAAGCCGGAGGUCCAGGUGCGUCAGGUGGCCAUGAAGUUUGCCUGCACGGUGUUCCCCCCUGAUCACGUGCUGUCCAGAUACCUGCUCCUAUUGGCCGCUGGAGACCCGAGAGAGGAGGUGUGUGGGGAGGCCCAGAAGGUGCUGAGGGCUUUUCCUACCAAGGGUUCUGAGAAGGAGGGAUCCAAACCCAUGCCCUCCUUCCCUGAUAUGGUCAGCUACGUCCAGGAGAAGGCUUCUCAGAGGAUGAGGACCCCAGCUAAGUACAUCAUUGGAACCAACACCCUGCCCUUCAACCCAUCAGCAUUCGGAGAGAUUGUGCUGUACCUGAGGAUGUGUCUGGCAUACAGCGCCGGGGCAACACCUGUCUCUAAAAGCCUGGCAGACAUGCAGGAUGACGCGCCCGCCAUUGGUUGCUAUAUUAACACCCUCCUGACCUCUGACCCCCAACCCUCCUCCUUGGGGUCAAAGGGCAGCGAUGCCAACCCUGUCCACAUCUACAUGGACCUCCUGCAACAGCUGCUCUCAGCAAUUGGAGGAGUCCCAGUAAUGUACUGUCUACUGGAGGUGGUGUCAGUCUGCCCUCAAAAACUGGCUCCAAAAUUCAUUGACAAGAUUGACUGGAUUAAAAGUCUAAUGAACACCAACAAGGAGGACAUGAGGGAGCUAGCUGCACAGCUGUAUGCUGUGGUGGUGUCCACCAUGUCGGGCAACGAGCUCAAGACCGCGGUCCAAAACCUCAUCAAGAUUACGAAAGACAACCACAGCCCGGAGACCCAGCACGGUGCCAUUAUGGCUCUGGGCUACAUGGUGGGCAGGUACAUGAGCAAGAGGAAGACCUUCACCUCCGGAGACUCUGCCCACAACCGAGAGCUGCGCAUGAACGCCAACCCCGAGGAGGACGAGGAGCUCGUUGCCAUGGCAACCAAGACCAUCGGCUCCUUCCUGGACAGCGGGACAGCUUUGCUCCCAGUGGCGGCGUGCACAGCGCUGGGGGAGAUCGGUCGUAACGGGACCCUUCUGAUCCCGGCGGACGGCGAGGGCUUCACCAAGCUCAGCAUGGUGGACAACCUGCUGGCUCGCAUCCCGUCCGGCAAGGAGACCACCAAGAUGAAGGAGAGGGCUAUCCAGACCCUGGGCUACCUGCCGGUGGGAGACAGAGACUUCCCCCACCAGAAGAAGCUGCUGCAAGGCCUCAUGGACUCUGUGGAGGCUAAGCAGGUGGAGCUGCAGUUCACCGUAGGGGAGGCCAUCACCAGUGCAGCUAUAGGAACCUGCUCAGGAGCUGCCCGAGACCCCUGGACCUGCACCGAGGAGCAGUACAGCCCCCCCGACAAUGUGAAGAGCAACGACGUGGUGCCCUGGGUCCUAAACGCCAUCCUCUCCAAGUACAUCCCCAGUCAAAACCCUCACGUCCGGCAGGCUGCCUGCAUAUGGCUCCUGUCGUUGGUCAAGAAGCUGAGCCAGCACAAGGAGAUCAAGUGUCACCUGAAGGAGAUUCAGGCGGCCUUCAUCUCAAUCCUCUCAGACCCUGACGACCUGAGUCAGGACGUGGCAUCCAAGGGGCUGGGUCUCGUCUACGAGAUGGGUGGGGAGGGAGACCAGCAGGAGCUGGUGUCCACCCUGGUGGAGACACUCAUGACAGGCAAAAGGGUGAAGCACGCUGUGUCAGGUGAUACUGAGGUGUUUCAGGGCGAGGCUCUGGGAAAGGCUCCUGAUGGCCAAGGACUGUCCACCUACAAAGAGCUGUGCUCGUUGGCCAGCGACCUGAACCAACCAGAUCUGGUCUACAAGUUCAUGAACCUGGCCAAUCACCAUGCCAUGUGGAACUCUCGCAAGGGAGCAGCGUUUGGGUUCAACAUCAUCGCAACCAAGGCAGGUGAGCAGCUCACCCCCUACCUGCCACAGCUGAUCCCACGCCUCUACCGUUACCAGUUCGACCCCAACAUGGGCAUCCGCCAGGCCAUGACCAGCAUCUGGGACGCCCUGGUGACCGACAAGACCAUGGUGGACAAGUACUUGAAGGAGAUUCUGCAGGACGUCAUCUCUAACCUGACGAGUAACACCUGGAGGGUCCGUGAAUCCAGCUGCUUGGCCCUGAACGAUCUGAUUCGCGGGCGGCAGGCCGAUGACCUCAUCGACCACCUGUCAGAGAUCUGGGAGACGCUAUUCAGGGUCCUGGAUGACAUCAAGGAAUCUGUACGCAAGGCUGCUGACCUGACCCUGAAAACACUCAGCAAGGUGUGUACUCGUAUGUGUGAGUCUACGGGAGCAGCAGCUCAGAGGACGGUGGCCGUGCUGCUCCCCACCCUGCUGGACAAGGGCAUCGUCAGCAACGUGGCCGAGGUCCGCGCGCUCAGUAUCCAGACCCUGGUGAAGGUGAGCAAGACAGCGGGGGCCAGGUUGAAGCCCCACGCCCCGCGCCUCAUCCCCGCCCUGCUGGAGGCCCUCAGCACCCUGGAGCCCCAGGUCCUCAACUACCUCAGCCUCCGAGCCACCGAGCAGGAGAAGAGUGCCAUGGAUGCAGCCAGACUCAGUGCUGCCAAGUCAUCUCCCAUGAUGGAGACCAUCAAUAUGUGUCUCCAGCACCUAGACGUGUCUGUCCUAGGGGAGCUGGUGCCCAGGCUGUGUGACCUGCUCAAGAGUGGAGUGGGACUGGGCACUAAGGGGGGCUGUGCCAGUGUGAUCGUGUCCCUCACAGUGCAGUGUCCGCAGGAUCUCACCCCGUACUCAGGUAAACUGAUGAGCUCCCUGCUGAACGGCAUCCAUGACCGAAGCAGCGUGGUGCAGAAGGCCUUCGCCUUCGCUCUGGGUCACCUCGUCAGGACAGCGAAGGACAGCAGUGUAGAGAAACUACUGCUGAAGCUCAACACCUGGUACCUGGAGAAAGAAGAGCCCGUGUACAAGUCGUCGUGCGCGCUCACCGUGCACGCCAUCAGCCACUACAGCCCGGACGUGCUGAAGGCUCACGCCAGCGUGGCCCUCCCCCUGGCCUUCCUGGGCAUGCACCAGGCGCCGGGCAGCGAGGAGGAGAAGGGAGAGAACCACGACGCAGGCCUCUGGGCCGAGGUGUGGCAGGACCACGUCCCCGGAAGCUUUGGGGGCAUCCGCCUGUACAUGACUGAACUGAUCACCAUCACCCAGAAGGCCCUGCAGUCCCAGUCGUGGAAGAUGAAGGCACAGGGUGCCGCCGCCAUGGCGUCCAUUGCCAAGGAGCAGACGGGUUCGCUAGUGGCACCACACCUGGGCAUGGUGCUCAGCGCACUGCUGCAGGGGCUGGCCGGACGCACCUGGGCCGGCAAGGAGGAGUUGUUAAAAGCCAUCGGCUCUGUGGUGUCUAAGUGCAGUGUGGAGCUGCAGAAGCCUUCCCCGGGCCAGCCCAGCAUCCCUGAGGUGGUGGAGCUGGUGAUAAAGGAGUGCAAGAAGGAGAGCCUGGUCUACAAGAUGGCCGCCCUGCGUUGCGCUGGCGACGUGUUGCAGAGCACCAAGCAAGACCGCUUCAGCGACAUGGCCGACAUCCUCAUUCCCCUCAUCAGAAAGAACUGCCCAGAGAGUGCUUCUUCACAGUCGCGGGCCGACGACGACGACCACGACGCCAAGGAGAGGGAGCUGCAGACGGAGGCUCUGCUGUGUGCCUUCGACACGCUGGGGAAGAGCUGGCCACGGGAGCCGCAAACCCAGGGGCGUUUCCAGUGGGACCUGUGCUGUCUGAUGUGUGAGAAGCUCAAGCUGAGCACCUGGAGGGUCCAGCUGGGCGUCCUGCAGUCCAUGAAGGUCUUCAUCCAGGGGUUACUGCUCCUGGAGAAGGGCCACCAGGACUUCAACGCCCUGUCCCAGAUUGUGACCGAGACCUGCUCUGCUCUCACACACCCACUAGAAAACAAGGCCUACUCGUCUGUGAGGACAGAAGCCUUGUCUGUCGUUGAACUCCUCGUCAAGAGAACAGGAGAGAGCGAGCAGUGGGAGUGUGUGUCGGGGAAGAGUCGGGACCAGCUCCAGCGAUCUCUCUCCACCAUGCAGACAGACAGCAGACCAGACCUGAGGGACAAGGCCCAGGAGCUACGCAGACACAUCCAGAGCCAGCCCUAGUCUCUCGCUUGCUCUCUCUCUCUCACAAACACACACUCUUAAUCAAAGUCGACAGUAAACAAACACACAGUCAAACAAUACAAACACAUACUGUCCCACAUUAUGUCCAGACCAAAGCCUAAAUUAGACAUAUCCUGUUUCUGAGCACCCGGACUUGUGUGUUUGGAUGUGUGCUCGCGUGUUUGUUUGGGUGUGACAAGGAGAAGAUGGGGGUGAAAAAUUGUACUGUGUCAAAAGACAAGACGCUUUGGUUCGUUUCAUGAACGGACAUUAAGAUUGAAUGAAUGCCAUAUUAAUGGGUGUGGUGGGUCUGGAAACACUGUAUCAUUAACUGUGCAAGCAGGGCUUUUCUCUACUGAUGCAGCCAGCUUCCCCUAGUGUGGAACACAGAGGGGGGGCCAGCCCAUGCAAGUGCUUAACUGAAGGCUCGGGGGGGUGACUGCCUACCGUGUGGCAAAAGGUCCACCUGCUUGUGUUCCUGUCCAGUGUUUCUAUCUAGCAUUGGCCACUGUCGGAAUAUGUGCAUUAAGCAUCUUUGAUUCCUUCUUCUGGUAAUAGUUUAGGGUUAGGAGGUGUAGGACACCUUUUCAGAUCGUGUUUUUACCUGAAGGGGACAAAGGAAAGGAUGUGUCUUUUAGGCGGGGCCCAUCGAAUGUUUUGCCUGCUGGCUGUUUUAGCACCGUGCCAGACCAGAAACCUCCUCACCUCCAACAGCUUGCUAACCCCUGAGUUGACAUCUCCUGCCUUUAAAGGGACACAACCUUUUCUGUGUUUGACCUGAAACCGGUAUUGUCUUCCCCUGUUUGCAUGUGUAGAAGGUGUUUAAAAAUAUUUUUUCAGAAUCCUUAAAAUAAAAAACUACCAAACCCAGCGAGAACUUUGGUGCCAGAGGGUGGCUUAAUGUAUUCUGCUGUGUGAGUUGCCUCCCCCCUCCUGCCCCCUCAUGAAAUAAAACUACCUUGUGAACUUUG